UAAUUAAAAUAAGCUAAUGACUUAUUUUAUCUUUAAAUACUAAUACUGCAAACAAAAUGUCAUCAGUCAUUGAGACGAUUUGGAACCUUUAACUAGUUCUACUGAUUUAUUGAUUAGCCCAAUCCGAAUCCAAGAUGCUUUACAAGAUUGUUGCCGUUAGCAUUUUCUUUGGACUCGUAUUUGCCGACCCUGUGCCAGAAAUUUCAUCUCCUUCAGCUAAGGAAAUGGGGUUCUUAUCGACUUUAAUUCAUGGUGACUUACCAAACCAGUCUUCGGAAUUGGCAAGAAUUGAACCUUCCCUCGUAUUGGACCUCAUCAAUGCAGUUAUAGGCUACAAAUCUUCUGCGCUCCUGAUCGCCGUGGAUAUUAUCGAAUGGCUGGUGUCCAAAUCCGUCAUAAUCGUUUUUGGAGCCAUCCUCACCUUCGGGUUCUGCAAGCUGACCGACAAGUGCAACUGGGACUGGGAGCAAUACGUGCCGGUCGAGCAGUUCCGCAGCCUGGCCACGCCCGAGCGCCUGGCGAGGGCCGAAAAGUUCCUGGUCACUGCUGUCGAGAAAUACGCGGAAAAGAAGAAAGCGCAUCGUUCUCUUAAUUCGUUGUAGUUAAUAGGUUCAAAUAUUUAUUAUAUUUAUUAAAACAACACUUUUAAGUA